AUGUACCUCAGGCUCACACGCGAUAAGCGAAGGGGUUUGUACCGAUGGACUGACCAGAAUCCUUCUCAAAGUACACUAUUCCGCGACAUAUCCACGUACAUACUCAAUCAGGCGUCACAACCUGUCGAUGAACCAGCGGCCAAGAAGCGCAAGCUCGAGGAGAACGAUGUUCCGCAAAACAAGGCUCCAGCAACGAGCGGCACUUUGAUCAGUGUCACAACGAAAGCAUUCAAGACAUUCCCCGGCGUUAGCUUUUCAAUACCACAACGGAAAAGGUUCAUUCUCGAGCUACUCGACAAAAAGGACGGCGGCAUCAGGGCGAUUGGCGCCAAUGGCAGUGUCGAGUUUGCCAUUGCGUGGAAAAACGUGGAUCAGGUCCUUUGCCUGCCCAUUCCAGAGAAGGCCAAGAAGCAGCACAACUUCGUCAUCAUCCCCGUCUACGGCGAUGGAGUGGCACCAGUGCCCGAUGAGCUCAAGGCUUCACCACCAGAGCCCAUAGUUUGGACAUUUGAGGAAGCGACAGGAAAGAACAUCGUCGAAGGCGAGGACCCCGGGCCUGGACCAAUGGCCGAGGCAAUUCAGCACUGUCUAAAACAAGCAGGCACCGGCAAGCAGGUCAUCUUUCCAGACGCCGAUGAGUUUGCAAGUGCCGUGCCGGAAAGUCACAGGAAGGGCGAGAAAGCUUAUCACGUCAAGGCGCAUCGGGGAAGCAAAGAGGGUUACCUGUUUUUCACGGAAAUCGGUAUCCUCUACGGCUUCAAAAAGCCCCUUGCCUUCUUUGACUUUGCCGCGAUAAACAGCAUUUCCUACACCGCCGUUCUGCGCAAUACGUUCAACCUUGUCAUCACCACACCCACGGGAGACAUCGAAUUCGGUAUGCUCGACCAGGCGAACUUUGCCGGCAUCAACGACUAUGUGCAGAAGCAUGGACUGCAGGAUGCGAGCUUAGCGGACGAUCGACGAGCCAAGAAGCUGAAUGUGAACAAAGUAGGAGGCAAGAAGGAUGUAGCAAAUGGCACUGAGCCCGAGGCUGCAGGCGAGGAGGAAGAGAGCGAGCUGCAGAAAGCGGAGAGAGAGUUACAGGACCAAGAAGACGACGAGGAAGAGGAUGACGACUUUGACCCUGGAAGCGAAGGCGAAAGCGAAGGGUCUGGCUCUGACAGUGAGGACGAAGAAGGUGAAGGAGGUGAAGGGGUUUAUGAAGAAGGCGAUACCGUUGAAGGCGAAUAUGAUGAAGCGGACGGCGAUGAGAUGGAACAAUGA